AUGUCCCAUAAGCGAUCCCGCGCAGCGUUCGAGGCAGACAAUCACGCUCCAUUUGCCGUCUUCGGUACUCCCCUCCCGGACGAGGCCGAGACCCGCGACGAUGGCUCCUUUCUACCUCUCUGGAAGCAGGAGGUGAGGGACGACAAAGGGAGAAAGCGCUUACACGGCGCCUUCACCGGAGGUUGGAGCGCAGGUUAUUUCAAUACCGUGGGCUCCAAGGAAGGCUGGACACCGUCUACCUUCAAGUCGAGCCGCGCAAACCGACACCAAGAUGGCGCUGUACCGGCGCAGCAGCGCGCCGAGGACUACAUGGACGACGAGGAUCUGGCGGAUGCUGCCGAGGCACAAAUGCUCCACACCACCCAGGCGUUUGCCGGGCUGGGCUCGUCUGCGCUAGAAGACGCUCCUCUAGGAGGACUCGGUCGACUGCUCAGGGCCCAAGGCGACACAAUGGGUCUCCAGCUCUUGCGACGAAUGGGCUGGAAAGACGGCCAGGGCAUCGGUCCCAAGGUUCGACGGGGCGCACGACUGGACUUGGAUCGUGCUUCAGGCGACGAAACAUAUUUCUUCGCUCCCGACAAUGCGCCCAUGAUUCGUUUCGUUCGCAAGACCGACCGAAAAGGGCUCGGGCAUCGGGGAGAGACUCGGCUCCAGGGAAGCGCAGAUACAGGGCCUUGCUCCAACAUUCUUUCCGAGGGACAAGUAAAGCAGCAAUCAGCGCGAGGCGCAUUUGGUGUGGGAGUCCUCAAUGACACUGGCUCCGACGACGAGGAUCCUUACGACAUUGGCCCCAAAAUCAAUUACAACCGGACCAUCGGAGGGCAGAAAAAACGGAAGAAUAAGAAGGCGGCAUCGGCUGUUGUGAACCCGGCUCUAGCAAACGCACCAAAGUUCGUGCCCAAGACUGCCAGAGCUGGGAACGGCCUUCGUCGUUGUCACGACGGGCGACUACCCCUUGAUGGGUUCGCCUUGGCCAAGCUCACCGAAGACUUUGCCGCCCUGUUUUCUCAAUAUGCCCCCCCGCCUAUUCCGUCCGGAUGGAAAUCGGCAAGGGACCCAUCGGCGACCCCAGACACGUCGCAGUACGUGUCGACGGCAGACGCAGCCAAGGCUUCCAGCCUCGACCCCCGGUCUAGAGCAGCCAUGCUCGGCGAAAAGUCUCUUCCCGGCAAGUCCGUCUUCGAUUAUCUGUCUGCCUCGACGCGGGACAAACUCGCAGCGGCUUCUGGGAAAAGCAACCUCCCUCCAGCACGGGGCGAGGUCCUGGCGCACAACGCCGGGACGGAGGAGGAGCGGCUUGGGAGGCUGUGGGACCGGGUUCCCAGGCUGGAUCGCAACUCGGCGGCAGCGGCACUAUCGAGGGUCGCGCGAGGACCAUAUGCAGAUGAUGACUUCAAAAGGGCGCGAUAUCGACGCUACCUGGAACAUCAGUCGAACCCCGGCCUGCCUCGUCCGGAGAAGACGGAGGAAAUGAUUGACGACGAUUUUUUACGGGAGAUGAGCGAGUUUUACGAAUGCGCGCGCAUAUUCAAGCCAAUGACGGGUUUCAUGGCCUCUCGCUUCACGACUUCCAAGGCGGCUUCGGACCCAUCAGGGGGUGCAGCCGGCGCCGAGCUACCCUCCAAGCCGGAGCCGAAAGUGGUGGAUACGGCGGAGGAGGCAGCUAGACUGGGCAUGUUUGGACACUUGACGCGCUCAGUCGAGCAGUUCUUUCCGUCUGCGUUGCUGUGCAAACGGUUCAACGUCAGGGCGCCGGCGCACUCGCGAGCAGAUUGGGAGGCUGAGCAGAGGUCCACCGGAAGCACAGCCGAGGUUUGGUCGGUGCCUGGGAGCACGGAGCAGCAGUCGCAGCGAGGUGCAUCGUCGACUUCCGCCAGUGGCCCGGUGCGGGAACCAGAAGUCGGCGAGGUUGAUCCAGGGAGGAACGAAGCUCUCGAGGGGGAUACGGCCAAUGCGGGGGUGCUGAGGGCCAUAUUUGGCGAUGACGACAGCGAAUGA